CCUGUACUGUGAGGGGCUGUGCUGUGCCAGGGGAGGCCCCGCACCCAGGAAGCCCGGAAGAGAGUGUGCACUCACGGAGCCCUCCUGCCAGGGCCGCAUCUCUUGAGCAGCAGACCCCUGUGUCCCCCGGGGAGGUCCACUGUGGCCUCACCACAGCCCUUGUUGGAGGGCGCAUCCCUGUGCCCUCAGCACCCCAGUGUUGAGCGCGUCAACCUGCAGAGGGGAGCCUGUGCUGGCCCCAGGCAUCUGUGUGGCUCUUGGGUGCCCAUCUACACCCCUGGCCCCGCUCUGGGCUUCAGUGGAGCUGUGCCACCGUGGGAGUGUCCAGGGUCCUGACGUAGCCCGGGGACGUGGCCAGCUCCCUGGCCUGCUGCCCGCACAGUGGGCCCUUGUCUCUGCUCUGGGUCAGGCGAGGCAGCCACCCAUGAUGAGCUCUGCAGCCUUCCCGAGGUGGCCGAGCAUGGGGGCCCCUCAUACCCCUUCACGGACAGUGCUCUUCCAGCGAGAGAGGACCGGCCUGACCUACCGCGUGCCCUCGCUGCUCCCCGUGCCCCCCGGGCCCACCCUGCUGGCCUUUGUGGAGCAGCGGCUCAGCCCCGACGACUCCCACGCCCACCGCCUGGUGCUGAGGAGGGGCACACGGGCCGGGGGCUCCGUGCGGUGGGGCUCCCUGCAGGUGCUGGGGACAGCGGCCCUGGCAGAGCACCGAUCCAUGAACCCCUGCCCCGUGCACGACACUGGCACAGGCACCGUCUUCCUUUUCUUCAUCGCGGUGCUGGGCCACACGCCCGAGGCCGUGCAGAUCGCCACGGGAAGGAACGCCGCACGCCUCUGCUGUGUGGCCAGCCGUGACGCCGGUCUCUCGUGGGGCAGUGCCCGGGACCUCACCGAGGAGGCCAUCGGUGGUGCCGUGCAGGACUGGGCCACGUUCGCCGUGGGUCCCGGCCAUGGCGUGCAGCUGCCCUCAGGCCGCCUGCUGGUGCCCGCCUACACCUACCGCGUGGACCGCCGAGAGUGUUUUGGCAAGAUCUGCCGGACCAGCCCCCACUCCUUCGCCUUCUACAGCGAUGACCACGGCCGCACCUGGCGCUGUGGAGGCCUCGUGCCCAACCUGCGCUCAGGCGAGUGCCAGCUGGCGGCAGUGGAUGGUGGACAGGCCGGCAGCUUCCUCUACUGCAAUGCCCGGAGCCCCCUGGGCAGCCGCGUGCAGGCGCUCAGCACUGACGAGGGCACCUCCUUCCUGUCUGCUGAGCGCGUGGCUUCCCUGCCCGAGACGGCCUGGGGCUGCCAGGGCAGCAUCGUGGGCUUCCCAGCCCCCGCCCCCAGCAGGCCAGGGGAUGGCGGUUGGUCAGUGGGCCCCGGGAGUCCCCUCCACACUCCGGGCCUUGGUCCUGGAGUCCAUGAACCCCCAGAGGAGGCUGCCGGAGACCCCCGUGGAGGCCAGGUGCCUGGUGGGCCCUGCAGCCAUCUGCAGCCUCAGGGGGACGGCCCCAGGCAGCCUGGCCCCAGGCCUGGGGUCGGUGGGGAUGUGGGGUCCUGGACCCUAGCGCUCCCCAUGCCCUUUGCUGCCCCGCCCCAGAGCCCCACGUGGCUGCUGUACUCCCACCCAGUGGGGCGCAGGGCUCGGCUGCACAUGGGUAUCCGGCUGAGCCAGGCCCCGCUCGACCCACACAGCUGGACAGAGCCCUGGGUGAUCUACGAGGGCCCCAGUGGCUACUCCGACCUGGCGUCCGUCGGGCCGGCCCCUGAGGGGGGCCUGGUUUUCGCCUGCCUGUAUGAGAGUGGGGCCAGAACCUCCUAUGAUGAGAUUUCCUUUUGCACAUUCUCCCUACGUGAGGUCCUGGAGAACGUGCCCGCCAGCCCCGAGCCGCCCAACCUUGGGGACAAGCCUCGGGGGUGGUGCUGGCCCUCCUGACAGGCCUUCUGGCCGUGCCCAUGCCCCUUGGGUGCCCAGGGCAGAGGGGUGGAAUACGCUGGGGUGCCCCAGGAUGGAUGUGGGGGGGCUCUUAGUGCAGAAUCCUGUGGAUUAGAAACAAGUUGCUCCUCAGAGCUCUCAAGCAGGGGUUGCUCUUCAGGAAGGGGAACCGCGGCCGGGAGUGAGCAGGGCAGGUAGGGGCAGGAAGUGGGCCCUGGGCAACCCCCCACAGCUCCCUUCCAAGGCUGCAGGCCGGGCACAGGACUGCAGGUAGCCCAGGGCGUUGUGGGUGGCAGCACUUGCUUGCUGGCUGCUUUCUGGCUCGAAAUAAAGGAAUCGUGCUUG